GGGGGUGCGCCAUCCUCCAUCCCAUCAAACCACCUGACGGACCAUUCCCUCCCAUCCAUCCAUCAUCCUCAGGUUUUUCUUCCGGCUUCUUCCCUUUUUAUCCUCAUUUCACAUGACUGCAUCCUCUUAAAAGGAAACAACCUACCCGUUCAUCCAUCCCGCGCGCCAUCCUGUCGAUCUGCCACACACCUUUUUUUUACACUUCUCUCACACACUGCAUCUCUCCCUCCCUCUUUGAUACCCCCAAACACAUCAAAGCUCUCAAAAGCUUCUCUUCCAACCACAGCUCCGCUCUCUCAUAAUGGCUUCCUACGCAGACAUGGCCGCCAAGGGCCCCAAGCAGACUCCCGAGGAGGCCGCCGCUCCCCCUCCCCCCGAAAUUUCAGUCGACUCCACCGCCUCCACCUCCUCCCUCGUCGACGUCGACAUGCCGAGCGUACACACCGUCCCCAACGACUUCCUUGAGCAGGAGAUCCAGACAGACACCCAAGCCGACCGCGUCGAGCGCGAAGAAAAGGCCCGCGCCGAGGCCGACCUCGCCAAGAAGAAGGCCGCCUCCAAGGCCCGUAAGGCCGACUCGUGGCUCAAGCGCCAGUUUUCUUCUCUGUCCGACGGCAGCGCCAGCGCCCUCGUCGUCUCCAACCUCGUCGGUGUCGUCGGCCUCAGCGCCUUCCUCGGAUACAAGGCUUGGGGUCUGUACGAGCGCGGCCGUCUGUCGUGGCAGAGCGUCGGUCUGGGUUUGGGCAUCCUUGGUGUUGUUGGCCUGGGUGAGGGUAUCUUUGGAAGCUACCUGUACAAGACCAAGGGCAAGAAAUAAAGAGACAAGUGCGCGUCGGGGACGACGGCGGCUUU